AGCCCGAACUCAGAUAAAUGUGGAUAUAUCACAUGAGCAUAAAAAUAAUUUCGAGACAUCGAUUGUAUAUGUCAAUCAUAUGAUCCAUUAGGGCGUAACAGUAAAGAGAGCAAAAGUAUUUUUUUAACAAAAAUAAUUAUUUUUUACAAUUUAAUUAUCAAUUUAAUUUAAUAAUCGCGAUAAAAUGAAAGUCUGUGGUCCAAAAUACGCCCUGUGUGGUCUUAUAAUAUCAACUUGGGGAAUUAUACAACUGCUGUUGAUGGGAGUAUUUUUCUAUGUGAGAAGUGUAGCUCUGAUUGAAGAUUUACCUCUUGCAUCUGAACAUUACUCAAAUCCUAAAGAUUUCUAUGAAGAUGUGAACAGAGGAUUCAUUCACAAUGCUUACAAUUGUUGGAUUGCUGCUUGUCUUUAUUUAUUAACAUUAUUUUUUUCUGCCCAUCAAUUUUACAUGAACUCAAGAACAUCAUUAAGUGUUUAAAUGUAAAACUUAAGUUAGAUUAAUUAUAGCCGCUGCUCUGAGUAACUUGAAUUAUAAUUGGUUGAAAAUAGCUGAGGUAAAAUAUGUUUUACGAUUUUGUUAAUUGUGUACCGUUGAGAAAAUUUAUAGCAGUAACAAAAAUUUUAUUAUAAUAUUUUAAUAUAUAUAAAUAAUAAUUUUCUUCUCAAAUUAGUCUUCAAAUCAAAUGAAAUCUGCUCAUCCAAUAUUGUAUUUUUUGUGUGAAA